UGCCGUCAAGCAUUCCACUCACUACAGUUUAUUCUCCCUUGGCGCAGCCAUCACCAUUUCCAAGCACUGCCUAAAAGUUACUUCAUACCACGGUGACUUUUGCAUAUUCAAGUAACAAUGUUUAACAGAAGAAGUCGCGCACAUACAGACCCAAUUGAAAAGGCCAACCGAAAAAAGGACCAAGAAUUCCUCAGUACCUACAUUCAAUUGACUUUACCGACAAUUCGUUGCCGAAUUUCAUCACUAAAAGAAGAAAAAACAAAUCUACUAUUCAACUUUCCGCCGCAGCACAGUGGAGGACACGCACAAUGGACCAAUAAAUGGCGACACCCAAAAACGGGAGAUGAGUACGGCUUGGUCCUCAUGCGGGCCGAGGACAUGACGGACCCGGAUCUGACCUCGUGCCUCGACAUGAUCGACCUCACCAGCGGGCAGGACUACCGCAACUCGAGCAUGGGCUGGGACCGCGAAGGCAAACUCGCCGAGAUGAAGUCGCCGGGCCUGCGGUAUAUUCUAGUUAGGGACGGUGGUGGUGCCAUUGCGGCGUUUACGUCGUUCAUGCCGACGUACGAGGAGGGCCAGCCGGUCUUGUACUGUUACGAGAUUCACCUGCUCGAUCGAGUCCGCAAGAGCGGUCUCGGAACGUUGCUGAUGGGCUACCUGUGCAACAUUGCAUCGACGCUCCCGCCGAUCACCAAGGUGAUGCUUACCUGCUUCACCUCCAAUAACGGCGCGAGGGCCUUUUACGAACAAAUGGGUUUCGUUACAGACGACAUAUCCCCGCGUCCGAGGGUGCUCCGAGGCGGCAGGGAGACGAGGGCUCCCGACUAUUUGAUACUCAGCAAGGUCGUGGAGCGAUUGACUUGUGGCUGA